ACUCUACCAUUUUCCAAACGAUGACUUCCCCAGGCAAGUCUCUUGUUUAAUGGAACUAUUUCUAGCAUGAACUCCCAGAUUAUUUUGUGGUGAUUUGCAUCCCCCUCUCCGGGUUGCUGUUGGCCGGAGCUGGCAGCUGUCUCAGUCGGAUUCUGGCUGGGAAAGAGCAGAUUCUUGUCCUGUCAUUUUAUUGACAGACGUGCUAUUACAGGCUCUUUUCCCAGAAGUUGACGGAAGAAGCUCAAGGCUGCUGUUUAUUCCCUCCCAAGUCCGGUGGCUCCCCUGGUAAUGGAUUGCUUUUCUCUGAGUUUCCACUCUGGAGAGAGCCCCCAGGCCUAGUCUGUGAACCCAGCUAAGAAACAUCACUAGUAAAAAUGACUGAAGACCCCAUAAAGGAGAUCGUGGGAAGCCCAGCAUCUUCCAAGCCUGUGACAAUGGAGAAGAACCCCAACAGCGAAGUGGUGGUCACCACGGUCCCCUUGGUCAGAGAGAUUCAGUUGACAGCUGCUACAGGCGGUGCUGAGCUCUCCUGUUACCGCUGCAUCAUUCCGUUCGCCGUGGUGGUCCUCAUUGCCGGGAUAGUGGUCACUGCUGUGGCUUACAGCUUCAAUUCCCACGGUUCCAUCAUCUCCAUCUUGGGUCUGGUGCUCCUGUCAUCUGGACUUUUUUUGUUAGCCUCCAGUGCCUUGUGCUGGAAGGUGAGGCAGAGGAGCAAGAAAGCCAAGAGACGGGAAAGUCAGACGGCUCUAGUGGCAAAUCAGAGAAGCCUGAUUGCUUAGGACUGAAUGAGACCAAAUGGGAUAUGUGGCCUGGAAAACUUCCUCUCCCUGUGUCAUCCAAUUCACCCAGAACCAGAGUGGGAGAGAAUGAAUGGUGCAUUGCGGUAGACCAGAGGAAUGGGGGUGAACUGAGUGUGGGAGGGUAUAGGGGGUUCUGUUUUAUGAAGACUCUACUUGUGUCUUCUUUAAUGACAAACUUAACUCUAAGGGCUAUUUCUAAGACUGAAAAAUCAGCUUUUUCUCUACAUUAGACAUUCGAGGGGUCAUGGGGGGUGCAUGGCAUUAGGCAAUGUUCAGUUCACCUUGGAAAGUAGCCAAUGAAAGAUGAGAAAAUAGAUAGUUCUGGCACACCAGCGACCUGCCUCAAAAACAAAUACAAAAGCCCACACUUUUAAGACGUUGUAGCAUAAAAAAAUAUUCUGCUGAGAGUCUAAAUCAUCUCGGAUUUUACAUCCUUCUAUGAAAUUCUGUGAUAAUUUUUCUUAAUAAGUAGAUUCUCCGGCAACUUCCUUUUUCUUUGGCUUUUAAUAACUCAUCAUCAGUGGUACUUUUUCCUUAAAGAAUAAACUAUUUUUUUUUAUGUUUUAACAUUGGACAGUUUUAGAUGAUUGUAAUGAGUCAGAAGUUAAAAGGUAAAAGAUGUAGCUACUAAAUGACAUGGGGGGGGUGUUAAAUUAAUGUUAAAAUAAUCCAACCUAGCACUUUUGAUUUUUAUAUAAAGUCUGAUAAUGUACAUUUCAUUCAAAAUAAUAAAUACUUAUUGUUGCUGAAAUUUCUUAAA